GUUGCCACAACAGCAACACGACUCUCUAUCGUGGGCAACAACGAUUUCAUUCGGUAGACUCGGCGUACUUCGUUGGUGAAGGGUGCAUACUUCUUCGACUACCGAGAGACUUGCGCCUUUUGCCAUCUUCUCUCGUCUCUUUGUUGGUUUCCUACAUCCAGUGAAGAUUGCUUGUCGGUGAUAGUCUUUAACAACAACAACACCAUCCAACAACAUUCAUCAGCACUAUGGGGGAAAAAUACCGAUCGUGGUACACGAACACUUGGAUCGCGUGGAGCUGUGGGGUCGCUCUAUGGCUGAGUAGAACGACGAUUGCUGCCGGAUCUACCGAAGAAUUCUACCUUUAUUACGGCGACACGGAUGCCUCGACGUACGUGCAAGAGUACCGGGCGACCAAAGACGGGAUUCCUCUCGACGGAUUGUUCGAACAAUCCGAACAUCCCCGCAUUGUCGAGUUCUACUCACCGUAUUGUCCGCACUGUCGUCACUUCAAACCCAAAUACGUCCGAUUGGCGCGAGACGUGGGACAGAAGUAUCCCGACGUGGAGUUUUACGCGGUUUCCUGUGUCGCUCACAGUGACAUGUGUCAGAAAUACAACGUUCGAGGGUUUCCGCAGAUCUUGGCCCUGUCGGCCUCUACUGCCGAACCGACAGUGUUGUCCAAGAACUCUUACACGGUGCGAGGCAUUGCCUCCGCCUUGAAGCUCGGACCGGUCCUUGGCGGUACGUCCACCGGGACCGUCGGUCGGACGGCCCGACUUCUGGAAGACGGUACCGAAGCAGGAGACUCGGACGAGCCACCCAACGAUGACUCGGAGCAAACGGUGGACCAACCCGACGAAAACUCCAACGACCCGAGUCUGGACGGCAAAGUAUCUUUCGAACUUCACGUUCCUAUUCCGGAUCUGCGACCCCACCCCACCGGUGACGACGUGCCCAAUUCCAACGAUCCGAGUGCCGACGAAAAAACAGAAGACGAACCCGCCGACUCGCAAGAUACACGGAAGCACUACUCGGGCGAGGACCCCACCGUCGGGAACGGUCUUUUUAACGUGGAUAUUGAUGAUUCCCCCGAUGAAGGCUUUGAUCAAUCCGCCGACGAUCGAGACGACCCUGACGCGGAAGAAUACUACAGUGACAACCGCGACGACGAAGAUCUCGACGAAAGCGAAGACCAGGAGAGUGAACAAGACCCCUACGGAAUGGACCUAUUCUUCGAGGCUCAGAAACGUGGCGGUGACGAGUCGGAGUCCUCCGACCUUCCCGGUCCCGUCCAGCGCAAACCCGGAGCCGUCACCGCGCAGUUUGCCCCUCGAGAUAUGGACAAGUACCGCGACGUCCUACGCCAGAAACGGGCCGCCGAACAGAAGAAACGUAAGUUUGUCGGACUGCGAAAGGAUCGUCAAGUAAAGCCACUGGGUCCUGUAGUCCGGGACGGUGCCUCGAAGGCUAUGAGGGCCAAUACGCCGGGAACACUGGAAUACAAACAACGCCAGAAAGAGUCCUCGGAACGUUUGGCAAAGUUGCUGGAGAAAAAGUUUGGCAAGAAAAGGGCCGCCAAGUACGUUUCGUCUAAAGGUAUCGGAAACCGUAUCGGGAAUUACACGUCGCUGCCCUUCAAAAAGGAAGUGGCCAAGCCGCGCUUGGUGGAGCAGCUUCCAAUACUCAAAAGAGUAGUACGCAUGGAUGACGAGGAGAUGCUCAUCCUCGACUCCUCCCUGUCGUUUCUCCGAGGGCUCCGCUAUGGAGUCUUUCAAGAUCCAAAACCAUUGACAGGCAAAAAGAAGCGUGCGCUCAAAGACUGGUUGGAUUUACUGAGUGGCUCGCUGCCACAGGAAUGGGGACUCCACGAGAUCAUUGACGAUCUUUUGGACAACCUGGAUUAUAUUGCCCAAGGGAGCAAGAACUUGCACGAUAUUCUCGACAAACACCCGAUUCAACGCAGGAACUGGAGUCGCUCUUGCACCAAAGGUGGUCGAAACGUCAACGGUUUUACUUGCGGAUUCUGGAAGUUGCUGCACGUCAUGACUGUUGGUGUGGCAGAACACCGAGGUGGCAAGAACCUUGUGGCUACGGGACUGCGUCGGGACAUCCGUGUCUUCGCGCCCAUGGAAGCUGCGGAUACUCUGCGCGAGUACAUGGCGCAUUUCUUUAGCUGUACCGAAUGCUCGAAGCACUUUCUGGUCCAGUACGAUCAGUGUGACAUGAAUCGCCGCUGCGGUCGUCUCGCUACGGAUGCGCACGAUGCUACCGAUUCGGACUGGAAGGAAUUGGCGAAAUGGCUCUGGGAAUUCCACAACGACGUGAGUGUCCAUGUUUUGAACGAACGCACGGACAACAAACGCAAACAAAUGCAGCAACGCACAUGGCGUCGUGCGGAGUCCGGUCCCGGAGCAGCAGGACUGUUUGAACAGGUCAGCGUGGUUUGGCCUUCGACCUUGUCAUGUACAGAAUGCAUCAAGGCGGACGGUACGUUCGACGAGGAUGCCGUCUUUACGUACUUGGAACAAACCUACUGGCCUGGUUUGGAAGAUUCCAUUGAUCGUGUAAUACAGUUUUACGACGAACACGAGUCCGGAUCCAAGGUCUUGACACUCAUCCUGUUGUGCAUUGGUGCGUACUUGGCUUUCGUGAUGCGUAAGAGUCUCGGUCCGAAAAGUCUCCAACAAUCCCUGAUUAUGGCACGGAAAAUGAGGCCGAAAGGCUCCGUCGGCGUGGACAAGCGUUCGGUUUGAGAUCUCCGUUUAGCCUUUGUUUUAGAUAACAAACCGUCAAUCUACUUAGUUUCACAGUCAAGCAGCUCA